UCGCUUGCCAGCUCAGUAACAAAUUAUCUAUCUUCUCACUUUUCCACACGACCGAGCGGUGGGGACGACGGUGGUGCCCAACCGCCCUCGUACGAGCUACCCUACCCACUGUUCAUCGGCAGUCGUGCCCUCCAGACACCCUUUGUUAGCAUAUCUCAGCUCAAGGGCCACCUAUGUCUCUUGAGGCACUUUGCCUCCCUCAAGGAACGAGUCGAAGGGAUGGACCAUUCCAGAUACCCAGAUGCCCCCAGCGAUAAUCACUGCAAGUGGUCGUGGUUCGUCGGACUGGCCGUUGAGAGGUUCGAAAGAUGGUGCAAGGCGCUGACAGCUCAAGAUGAAUCUGGUUUCGCUAACCAGCAUCUGCCUCUUGUCGACGUUAUCAUGGUGUGGCAUGCCUACUUGUUAAAUCCUGCGCGGUAUUCUGAAGAUUCGUUACGAAACAAGCACAUCGAGAUACUUACAAGAAUGGGUGACUGGUUUCAGGACCUCGAACGGACAUGCUACACCAUCGACUGGCCUCCGUCAGACGCCCGUGUCCAGAACUGGCUGCAGAAGACCCAUCUCCCCUAUGAUCCUUUCGAGUCGGCAAUGAUAUUGAUUGAGCGAGAAAUACUUUGCCCCAGAUGUAUUACGAAGGUCAACGUUCGCUUGGUGAAUCCCACUGGCAAUGGAUAUCUCCAGCAGGAGUUCACGACCACAUGUCCGGGGUGCCAGCUGAAUAUUACGAAGGAAAAGCUGGCUUUUCAUAAACUUGUGGACGACGUGAGGACCAGCAACGUCCUUGCGUACGUUCUGACUGCCAAUAUCGACGAUUCCGAGCGUGCGAGGGCUAUCAAGUCCCGCAUUUUGGAGAUGAGGUCGCCGGAAUUUAUGAAGAGAAAGGCAAAAAAUGAACAGCAAUGGGCAGUCAAGGCAGAGGAGAAAAUGGACUACAGCAUGCAGAAACUUCGAAAUGCUAUGAGUGGGUAUAUUGCAUACGAAGAUCACCUGCUGUCUGGAAUUAUGAGUGCGUACGAAGACGACAAGAUAUUUUCCUUGGGUCUCGUCGGUGCAGUUCUCCGACAAGGAUCCUUUGUUGACAAGAUGCAUAAACUAGGCUGGACAGACCUGGACUUUUUCUCAUUCUCCGAGGAUGAAGUACCGCUAAAGCACUGCAUUGCUCGUUAUCAUGCAUUCCUGGACCUGAUAUCAUCGUCACCGGGUGGUUUCUUUGUCCCGACACUGGACAUUGACCUGGUUUGGCAUACUCACCAGCUCAUGGCCCGGAAGUAUUCCCGCGACUGUCUCGAAUAUGUCCGUCGAUUCGUUGACCAUGACGAUAAGGUGGACGAAAACAGGCUUGCAAACGCCUUCGACAUGACUUGUCGGGCAUGGAAAGACCGUUUCAGGAUCGCAUAUACGCACUGCGGGUGUCCGCUCCCGGGCGACACGAUUGGACAGAAAAUAAGCAGACUUGUAACGAUAUAUAAGCAGUCGGUGGCACCUUCUUACCUCGACCCACCCCGGGAUCGAGAUGAUCUUCUUGCAGCGACACAUCCGAGCGACCAUAAUACGGUAUACUCGUUCCAGAACCGGCGGCAGCUUUACGCUCUGAGGCGAGGAAGGCGUGAGAAGCGAGAGAGGAGGAUUAAGCGAGAGGAAGAGAAGGGAACUAGUGGGAACAGGAGCGUCGAUCAUGACCCGGCCUUUUUGAUGCCCGUGUCGUUGUCUUUUGACUAUGUAGGGUGUGUGACGAGGACGGGGCAUGUA